AAAGAUCAAGAAGUAUAUGGACCAGACUGUUCCAUCUCCUGUCCUGAUAAUAACUGUCGUUAUUGUCACAUAGAGACAGGUGCUUGUCAGGGGUGUAAACCUGGGUAUAAGGGACAUCACUGUGAACUACAGUGUGAUGAUAGCAGAUAUGGUCAAAAUUGCGAACAGACCUGUGGAACGUGUCUGGGAUAUAAACAAUGUCACCACAUCAAUGGAUCGUGUCUUGAAGGAUGUGAUGUAGGAUUUGAAGGAGAUAAUUGCACAACUGGUUGUUCAAGUGGAAAAUUCGGCAUUAAUUGUAAAUAUGAUUGCAAUGAGAAAUGUGGCGUUCCGUAUGAAUGCAACGUAACGACAGGGGAGUGUGAGGGUGGAUGUCAACCAGGUUGGGAGGGACUUCAAUGUACAAAGGAGUGCAAAAUGAACAAGUAUGGUCCUGGCUGCAAUUUAUCAUGUGGUUAUUGUCUGAACACAACAUGUCAUCAUAUUAACGGAACAUGCCCGUAUGGAUGUAGUAAUGGAUACGUAAACCUAAACUGCACAACAAAAUGUAGUCCGGGGAAAUAUGGCUUUCAGUGUAUGGAUAACUGCAGAGAAACUUGUAUGAAUAACAUUUGUGACCCAGUUAAUGGUAACUGUGAUGAAGUAAAGGAUACUUUACUUGGUGGUAGUAAUGAUGACAAUAUAGGGUUGAUCGUUGGCGGAAUUGCAGGAUUGGUCAUCGCUAUUUUAGUUAUAGUGAUAGUGGUUGUCGUUUUUAAAAGACGCAGUGUACGAAAAACAGAAAGAAAAGGUGGAUUAGAAAAAGGAGCAAGUAGUUCUGAAAAGAGAAUGCUAGGGACGGGCUUCGGUAGCAUUGGUUCAGAACCAGAACCUCCUUUUAGCCGUGAAAAUACAUAUCUGGAAACAGAUGAUGAAAAACGGUCGAAACAACAGAAGAAGAGUGAUGAUCAUGAAGUGGAUGUAGAUGACGAUGAGAAAAUACACUCAGAAAAUCCAUAUGGGGAUUUUUAUGCAAACGAACCAAUGAUUCGUGAGAUACCCUUAAAUCAGCUUGAAUCCGUCAUUGCUGAAAAUAGAAAAAAUGGAGAUGACGGUUUUAAGAAAGAAUAUGCGACAUUACCAUAUGGAGAAAUAUACAAGUGUGACGCCGGAAAGAGUGAAGAAAAUAUGAUUAAAAAUAGAUUUAAAACAACUUUCCCCUAUGACCAUUCAAGAGUCAUAUUAAAGUCAGAGACAGGAUCGGAUUAUAUAAACGCUAAUUAUAUAGAGGGUGCUGAGAAAGACAAGGAAUACAUUGCUACACAAGGACCAAGACAAAACACUGUUGUUGACUUUUGGACAAUGAUUUGGCAGGAGCAUGUGGAGGCCAUUGUAAUAUUAACUAAUUUGAAGGAAGGGACAAAAACUAAAUGCACCCAGUACUGGCCGGGGCCAAAUAAACACACCAGUUACGGAUGUCUGUCUGUUAAGAUGGUGGAAGAAAAAGAAUACGCAUUCUACAUCAUUCGAAAGUUUACAAUAUUUCAUAAAGAGACGAAGAACAAACGUCACGUUACACAAUACCAUUACACAGCGUGGCCAGACCACGGGACCCCGGAUCCUCUUUGCCUUGUUAUCUUCCUUGAUCACGUGACUAGGACAGUGUACAAUCAAAAACACUCCCCAACAGUUGUGCAUUGCAGCGCGGGAAUAGGGAGAACUGGGACAUACAUAGCAAUAGACGUUCUGAACAAAAAAGCAAGAAAGACAGGGAAAGUUAACAUAGCAGAGUAUGUCAAGAAGAUGAGAGAAAGUAGGAUGAACAUGGUCCAAACAUAUGAACAGUAUAUGACGAUUUUUCUUGCUCUAAACGAAAUAUUCAAAUCCCCAGUCAAAAGCAUCACCGUUGAUGAAUUCACCAAAAAGGCUGAAACUUUGACCACUGACAAAGUUGCUAAUCAGAGUGCACUUCAAAAGGAGUUUCAGCGUUUGAUGAAUAUUCGACCCAAAUACGACGACACAGCCUUUAAGAUAGCCAAAGACGGCUGUGGUGACAUUUAUUUCAACGGUAUAUUGCCAUUGGAUAAAUAUAGCAUUCACCUUUCGUCUGUUGUACCUAAGAGAGGAAACUUCAUCAAUGCAGUCAUUGUGCCUUCACAUACUAACGAUAUAGCCUUUAUUGUGACGCAAUAUCCGGCUGAGGAGGAUGCUGUUGAUUUCCUGCGCUUGCUCAGUGAUCAUGAAUCUGACACAGUCGUUUGUAUGGAUCCUCUGAACAAGAUUAGCUCGAGUAAGGCGUGGUUUCCCUGCCUUACACCCUCCUCAAAAACAGUCAAUCCUUUCACUGUUCAAUUUCAAUCAAAAUCCGAAACUGACGUCAACACCACUAUUGUUCAUAUUCGCCAAGAAAAUAGAGAAAAGAAGGUUCAACCCGUGACUAUAAUAGAACCGAAGGUCGACAUUAAAACAUCUGGAACUCCUCUAGACACAUCUCAACUUCGGAGUCUUGUUUCUGCCACACUGCGCACUGAGACAGAAAAUCCUAUCACAAUUGUCAGCAGUGACGGUGCUGUCUUAUGUGGAGUUUUCUGUGCCGUUCAUAACGCGAUUCAACAAAUUAAGAUGGACAACAGCGUGGAUGUAUUCACAGCUGUCAGACAAUUACAAGUGAGAAGACCAGAGUUCUGUUCAAAUAUUGGUGAAUAUCGCUUCGUGAUAAAAGCCGUAUGUGAUCACAUCCAAAGUUCAAGCGAAAGUAUUUACUGCAAUCAAUGAGAAAGAUAAAUCAGAAAGAGCAGUUACUAGUAGCAAACUUUUUUUGUUUAGAAUGGAAUAUCAACACAAACAGCCUGUUUAUGUGCAGACUUGGAGUAAACAUUACAUUUUAUUGUAGCAUUCUUUUCAUAAUAUUUUUACAGCUGAAGAUAUCUACAGUCUUAUGAAAGCUUUUAAUUACGCAAUACAAGCAACAGUUGUUACACACUUAUUCUUUUUUUUUGGUUGACAAUAAUCGGCAUUUAGCAUUUAUGUUCAUAUCUAAGCAUUCUAUAUUGUUUCUUUUUUAUAUUAAUGAUUUAUGUAUAGUCAAGGAAAAAUAAUCAAAAACAAAAUGCUUUAUUGGUAUUUAUUUUAUAAUUUAUUUACUUGCAUUUAUUUAUCUUGCAAUAUAAGAAGUUAUGAAAAAAAAACUGCCAAUUCAUCGCAGUUGUACAGUUGUUGUUACAAAAUACAUAUGAUAAUUUUAGACAUUCAUUUCAUUUUUUUUUUACGUUUUUACAUGUAAAACAUAAAAAACUUUAUCAUCAAAAUACAUGUGACGAUUGUAAUUUCAUUCGAAUGGAUUUUUCUUUUUACUUCAAUCUACUUUUAAACACUGCCGAAGUGGAAACUUUGUAAAGUUUUGUCAUUUAAAAGCACUUUUACAAUUAAAGUUACAGAGUUUAUACACGGCAAACAACGCACAAUGUAACAACAAAAAAGUACGUCAUUGCAUUUUGUAUUAAUCUCGAAGAAAAAUACAAUAAUACAUCAUGUAGCAAUCCCAGUUUCAUAUAUUUGGGUUGAUAUUGCAUUUUGCGCUGAAACACUGUAAAGCACUUAUACACUUUCAAUAUCUUUCUGUUUAAAUGUAGCUUUAUUUCAAAUUGCUAAAAAUGUCUAUCAAUAAUUAAGUAAGAAUUCUAUUUUUUUUGUUUAAACGUUUUACUGAAAUCACUAUGCUUUAUAUUUUUUUUAUCUAAUAAUUGUUCCUACCACUGCUAAAAAGUUUAUGAUUGUGAUUUUAAAAUACAUGUCUGUUAGCCUUUCAUGGACUUUCCCUUUUUUAAUAUCCUUCUAUAAAACUGUGCAUAUUACAAUGCUUUAGGGAAAUCUUCAUACUGAUUUUAUUCUUCAGAAAUAUUAUACUUUUUAUUUUUUAUUUAAAUAAUUGUAU